UCCGCUGUACAAAAGCAGUAAAUUGCAAAAUCAGCGCAUUAGUUUCAGCGUUGGGCUUUUGAAUUAUAUAUUCCAUAGGGGAAAAAGCCCUAACGCGUCCGAGUCGACUCUUUUUCUGUUCUUUAUCCACUCGUGAAACUCAGCCAUUUUCUUCAUCCAAAUCGUUUUUUUUUUUUUUGUAAUUUAUUUUGCGCAUUCGGAUCCAUCCUGCGGAACCCAUAUCUGAUAAGGCUGGUUCCAGGGGUCUUUGUGGAAGAUAAAUUUGUUCCCUUAGUGCUGCUUCAGUUUCUGGAGACCAUGAGUUUUGUUUUCCGAGGCACAAGAGGAGAUAUGGAAACUGGGUUUCCAGGACUCAUUCCUGAGCGGCGUGCAGUGCGUGUUCAUGCCCGACCAGUCAAUACAAACUCUCUCGCUUUUCUUGUCACAGUGCUUUUGCUGUUUAUGAUUUUGAACUCACACCAAAUGUCUCCUAAUUUUCUGCUCUGGUUGGUACUUGGUGUCUUUUUGAUGGCAACAACUUUGAGGAUGUAUGCAACUUGUCAGCAACUUCAAGCUCAGGCACAAGCUCAUGCUGUUGCAGCUAGUGGCCUUCUUGGCCACACGGAAUUGCGACUUCACAUGCCACCAUCUAUAGCACUUGCAACCAGGGGAAGGUUGCAAGGUCUCAGACUCCAGCUUGCACUUCUUGAUAGGGAAUUCGAUGACUUAGAUUAUGAAACAUUGCGAGCACUGGAUGCUGACAACGUCCCCACCGCCUCUAUGAGUGAGGAGGAGAUCAAUGCGCUUCCUGUCCACAAGUAUAAGGUGUCCAGUCCUCAGAGUGUGGGCUCAUCCACGCAGCAGGGUUCUUCUUCAUCCUCCGUCGAGAAAAAACAAGACCCUGCAGCACCACAAGCGGGAAUGAAGACCACUGACGAUGAUCUGACUUGUAGUGUUUGCUUGGAGCAAGUUAAUGCUGGCGAACUCAUUCGUAGUUUGCCAUGCUUGCAUCAGUUCCAUGUGAAUUGCAUAGAUCCAUGGCUGCGGCAGCAAGGGACGUGUCCUGUUUGCAAAUUUAGAGCUGGCUCCCGGUGGUCAGAGAUCGCUCAAGGAGAAAUUGAUGCUUCAGACAUGGUUUAGCUAUGAAUUUUUUGAACAUCGGUUUUUGUUAUCUUUACAUUCACAAGUAUAUACAUGAUGUAUACAGGCAAAUGAAUUUGCCGCUGCUAAUUACCUUGAUGUGGCAUCAAAGAGAUUUCUGAAGAUCAUGAUAUGAUGUCCAUGAGAACUGUACAUCCCAUGCUUACAGUCUAUUGAAUAUGUCAGGCACAUGCCAUUGCAUUGUCCAGUCUAAACUUAUGCUAACCUCACUUGUCAUCCAGCUAUGUACAUCUUAUUAGGAUAUAACCUUAACUGUUUGAUACAGUGUUGGUAUGUAGGAUUACUGAGAGAUCCUGAUGUCAAUAUUUCUGACAAUUUUCAUAUGAUUUGCUUUGAUUCC